GGAUGGGGUGGGGGAGUGAGGGGAGGCAUUGGGGUUGAGCGAGGACGGGGCUGGAAGGCUCGUGGUGCCUGGUGUGGGAGAAGUUCUUUGGAUAGUCUGAAGGGAAGCCUGGGUGCUCAGCGAGUAGAGUGUUGGCCUCAGCAAGCCUGCAAGUGAUGGAACAGCUACUUGGGAUUUUGAUCCAAAAGGAAACCAUACUUUUAAAAAAACGUUAGAGGAACUAAACAUUGAGAAAUCACAGGGCCCUGAUGGAAUGUAUCCCAGAUUGUUGAAGGAACGCAGGGAGGAGAUAUUUGAGGCUCUUGGCGGUGGUCUUCCAAACGUCCUUGGAGACUGGCUAGGUGCCAGAGGGUUGGAGUGUGGCAGAGCUGGUGCCAAUGCUCAAGCAAGAGGCAAAGGAUAAUCUGGGGAACUACGGUAAAGGCCGGUUUAUCCUUAUGUCAUUUGGGUGUAAAUGUCUGGAGCCAAUAAUGUUAGAAAUUAACCGGAUAGAACUGAGAAGGUGGAGCAGAGGAGAAGCGGUGAAGAGGGAUAAGAUGGCUGACUGUGUCAAGGGCACAGAUCAAGGCGAUGAAUGCGAAUGAGGAGGCACAGAGAGUUCCGGUCACAGAUGGAGAGAAUGUCCUUGGUGACCUUGACCAGGAGACUAAAAUCAUAUGGUGUCCCCCAACAGUGGGGUUGAAGAUGACUGACGGAGCGGUGGGAUGAGAGCCCGAUCCUGUGUCAAAGGUGGGGAAGAGAUCUCACACCAACCAAUAUCGAUCUCCCCAGCUUGUCGUGUUCAGCUCCUCUUGAAACUGGCAGCAGGAGCUGCAGAUCGCUAAUCACCGAGGCUGGGAGACGGUUUGACCUUCAGGUCACUGAGGAGGAAGCAGUGUGAACAGGCCGACUUACUGAUACUCCAGGACCUUGUGUUUUCUUGUGUCUCGAUGCUGAAUCUGAAACUCCGAUGAAAGGAUCUGCUCAGGCUAAAUAGGACAGAGGGCUCGGUGCCCGAUCACGUGUUGUGUGAGGAGCCAUUGACAACAUUAGUGUGCGAUGGCGCUGCGGAGAACGGAUGGAACGUCUAUCAUCCAGGCUCUGGCGAUGACCGUGGCUGAGAUCCCAGUGUUUCUGUACUCAACGUUCGGCCAGUCCAUCUUCUCGCAACUGAAACUGUCUCCGGGGCUGAAGAAGGUUCUGUUUGCCACGGCACUGGGCUCGGUGGCUCUGGCGCUCACAGCCCAUCACCUGAAGCGGAGGCGACGCAGGAAAAAACAGGAUGCGCAGAAACUGAAGGAAUCUCAGACACUGCUGCCUUGUGUGGGGAGCCUGCCGGCUACCAAGAGAGGUUAUCUUACGAAGCGAGUACAGAGCCCGAGCAGCAGGAGUAACAACACGCUCAGCGCCGUCAACUCCAGUGUGCUCGGCUGCCGCUCCAGUUCCUCCCACAGCUUGUCAUCGGUGCGAGGGGCUGGUCUGUCCAGCCCAGGGCCUGCACCUCCUCAGGGGCCGGGUAGCGUUCAGGAGGAGGAGGAGGAGCCGACCGAGGACUCCAACAAUGAGAAUCUCUACAUUCUUGGAAUGGAGCUGUUUGAGGAAGCCUUGCUGAAAUGGGAACAAGCCUUGAACACCCGAUAUCUGAGAGCCACAGGCACCGAACGGAAGGAAAACCUGGUCACGCUGGGGGCCCAUGGAGGGGCCGGGGACAUGGGUGAGGAAUCGCAGAACAGGGACUUUGCACUGAAGUUUGAAGCACUGCUUCACAGAGCGUAUCGCUUGCAGGAGGAGCUUGGAGAAACAAUACCCUCCAACAACUUACUGAGUGACUUUGACAGUGUUGGGGCUCUGGCCAUGCCCUUAGGGGAGGAAGCUGGGAGAUUCCGUAUGGACGAUGAGGCCAGUUUCACUUCAGACGACUCCUUCUUCUCAGCAGCCGAGCUGUUGGAUAAUGUGUCGCUGGGAGAGGAAGGGUUCCAGCCGUCCAGACCAUCUGCUGUGUAUGAAGAAGCCAUGGGGUUUGUGCAGGAGAGUAAGGUGGCUUGUCGAUCGUUCAGGACGGAGGUUCUGGAGUGUUACAAUGACGAGGACUUCCUGGCGAAACUACACUGCGUGCGGCAAGCGUUCGAGAUAUUGCUGCAGGAUGAAACCAACAGGAUGUACUUCAGUGACAUUGGAAAGCAGAUGAUCAUGGGGCUGAUGUCCAGGGCUGGCAAGAAUGUCAACAGAUUCCAGGAAACCUUCAAAGAGAUGCUGGAGUACGCAGAGAGAGAGGAGACCUGGGAGUCCACAAAGCUGGAGCUGGAAGGACGUGGGGUUGUGUCCAUGAAUUUCUUCGACAUCGUGUUGGAUUUUAUCCUGAUGGACGCCUUUGAGGAUCUGGAAAACCCACCCUCCUCUGUGGUCGCCGUUUUGCGGAACCGUUGGCUGUCAGACAGUUUUAAGGAGACGGCUCUCGCCACAGCCUGCUGGUCAGUAUUAAAAGCAAAGAGGCGGCUUUUACAGGUCCCUGAUGGCUUCAUCUCACACUUUUACUCCAUUUCGGAGCACGUUAGUCCUGUUCUUGCCUGGGGUUUCCUUGGACCCAAGCAGCAUUUAGGUGAAGUUUGCACAAUAUUUAAGCAACAAAUUGUUCAGUACUUGAAAGACAUGUUUGACCUGGACAAGGUCCGCUACAGCACAGUGCAGGCCCUGGCGGACGACAUCCUACAGCUGUCGCGGCGACGGAGCGAGAUCCUCCUGGGCUACCUGAGCAGCGAGGCCAUGCGGGAGCUGAACGGGGCUGUUCCCACCAACAACACACCUCUGACAGCCCCCCACCUCGCGUGACCCCCGCACAAGGUCACUCGUUUUUAAAGCAAAUCAUUUUUGGGGUUUUGAAGAGGGAAUCGGAAGGAAUUUUUGGUGAAGAAUCAGUGGAUUGAGAUGCAAUGAGGAACAGUUCCUAGAUUCUGCCACACAGUCAGGUUGACUCAUUCUGAGGAAUAUCGGCACUGUGACUGGGGAGGACGGGGGUGUAGAUACUCCCCUUUGCAAAAGGAGAAAGGCUAAUGGUUUACUGUUAUACUGAUGUUCACAAAAUGAGGCCAACCUCCAGCAGGCCUGUGUGUGUUGUGUGUGUGUGUGUGUGUGUGUGUGUGUAUGUGUGUGCUGUUCCAGACCCACUUGGAGCAGUUUUCAUUUCGUUGGCACCGAUCGGUUUUGCUCAGUCAGCCCUGAAAAUCCCUAUCAGUUUGGCCCUAGACUCGAGCAGCCAUGAGGAGCCGACAUGAAGACAAUGUGAAAGGACAGAGCGUGUCUCUCUGAGGCUUUGUGUGUCUCUGCUCGAGGAUGGUGGGGAGGGGGGGGGGCAUGUGGGGUUAGGCUGACCAGCCUGAACUUCCCUCCUGGAACUAACCUGAGAGAUUCUACUGACCAGUGAGUUGAGAGAAGCUCUAAUCAAAGGAAACCCUGUGUUUUUAUAUCAUUGUGGCCCAAUGUGGGGUUGGGGACUAUCUGUAAAUGGUCUAUUUUACACUUAGUCUGCUCUCUGCUUUGAAACGAUGAUAACAAGACAAUACGAAUGUAUUAUGGGGGGGGGGGUAACAAAAAUACUAGAUUUUUAAAAGAGAUAACUUUUAUUUGAACUUACCACAGAGUUACUGAAGCACCAAAGUGCGGUGUGACUGUGUUCAGGAGGCGUGAGGGAGCAUUGAGUGGGUGACUAUCUUUGCCUGAUGUGAAGCUGGAAUCCGUCCAAAAGCAACCCAGUGCUUGCACUUCACUGGAGAAAACAUUACCGUCUUGUGCAGUAAUGUGGGAAAGCUUACGGGAUUUUAGGUAAGGGAGGCUUGAGGGGCUGAGUGGUUUUGCCUCUGGCCUAUUUUGCCUCUGAGUGCUGGAAUUUGACAUUGUAUUGCAGCCCAGACUGAUGGGGCGAAGGUUUCCUCACUGAUUUGGUGUAAGGGUCCUAAGUGGGGUGCAUUUAGAGCGUUUAAACCUGGUGUCCAUUCAGUUCAUUGUUCCAAACAUUCAACACCAAGCAGGCAGCCUCAGUUAGAAAUGCUGAGAGGAGUCUAAGCUGCUCUUGUGGCUGAGUGUCCACUGCCUGAUCUCAUACUCCGUGAAUGUGGCUUGUAUUGAAGGUUUCUGAGUACAUGUAUUCUGUAAUGUCGCAGGAAGGGUUCCUCAGUCCAAGAGAGGGUUGCUGAUGUGUACUGUAACCCUGUAACCACUGAAACAUUCACUGCUGUAAAAACCUCCUUUGCCAUUCAUCAACUGGCAACCUGAAAUUUGCUUGCCCACUGCCCACUUCCUGAAAUCUGUAACUCGAGUUGAGCAAUUUCCCAGCCCCUCGUGCUUUCCGUGGCUCAUGUUUCUGAUGCGAUCAGAACAUGAGAUUUUCCAGAGAUUUUGUUGUUUUUACAGGGAUUAGAAACAGGACAGAUUCCAGCAGCACAAACAGAAGAAGCUGAGUAGAUUCUCUAAACCUAUGUCCUUGUCCUGACACUGCACUUGAGCCAAUCGCAAUUUAAACUAGAACACCUCACGGGAGUUAUUUUUAAUCUCUUGGACGAUAAAUAGUUUGGAUUUUAAUUUUUUUAAAAAAGGCAAUUGACUGAAAAUCAGGAAUGAACUGAUUUGCUGGAGACACUGAUCCAGGGAAAUGAAGAUUACGGUCAGUCCAAAUGACUUUCUGAAUGGAUCAUUGCUGCUUUGUGUUGAUAUCGAUUCCAAAAUAACUAAUUUAUCCACACAGUUCACCAGCAGUCAUCAUCGAUUGUCAAUAUGUGUUCUUUAGGACUGUAGAUGAUUUAGUCUACCAGUGCCCCAUUGUGCCAGAUUCCGUGCUGGUCAUAUCCUUUUUUUCUGUGAUCAGAGUAUGGUAGGUUUGUGUGUUUAAUCUAGUUUUAUGCUAUGUGAUCUGUGGGUGCUGAGCAUGUUGGGGGGUUUUAAUGCCAUAUGUGGCGUCGCAUAAAAUGCAACAAAAAAUGCAACCUGGAAAAGUUUGGAGGCAAACUCCAAUCGCCUUAUAAUUGGGAUCACUAUUAAAGUGAGUCAGGGUGGGAUGUGCAGUGGAAACUGCAAUACCCUUGCACUGUUUAGUUCCUAGUUCUAGCUGUGGAAAAUUAGAGUAGAGACUACUACAGGAUGUCCACAAAGUCAUGUUAUGCCCCACCCCCUGUUACAAAACAGCGAUACGAGACUACAGAGAAGCUGAAACAAGCUGUCAGGUGCAUUUCACUUCCUCACUCCAUCUAUGUUACGGAAGAUGUGGCAACAAAUAUGGAGACGGAUCAUUAUCUGCCAUGAAAAAGAUGGUGCUCACACACCCACUGAUCCUCUGGAUGUCUAAAUACAGUUAAACACUUCUACAAUUAAGUACUUCUAAAUGCAAUUAUCAUUCUUCCACAUGUUUCAGUUAUUGGUUAGUGCACUGGGAGAGUAACAGGACUUUGCGGACACCAUGUACAUUAUGUGGAGUGGAGAGAAUGGAAGAGCAGGUGCGCACUCCUUUUCAGUUAGUUUUGUUGGAGGUGAUCUGAGAGCAGGUGACCCACCCGUCCUCAGUGUCUGAACGACCCAGGUAAAGUCACAUUCAUACCUUCAACAGGGCAAAUAAAAUCCUAAAGGCUGGUGCCCAAUAACGUGGUGUAUUUUACCUUCUUGUUGUUGGCAUUUUAAUAUUGCUUGACUUUCUGUGUUGCUGUAAACUACUGCUUCACGGUUAUUACUUAAUCCUAAGAAUAUCGUACAUUGCUAACUGGUUUGGGGCAUGUUCAAAUGGGUAUGGAAAUGGUAUGGUCCACACACUAUCACAAGGUUGCUUCUAGAACUGGAGGGGACAGAUACCUUUACCCAACUGGACUGAAGUGGACUUGUUUGUUAUGGACCAAUAUUUAAUACUGGUUAAUUUUUAGUCUAUCACUGACUUCAAGUACUGACCAUAAGCAGAGCUCUAUUGGCAACUAAGUAGUGAAGCCUGUACUAUUACGAAAUCUGCACCAGGUUUAGAUCAAGUCCAAGGCCAUGCAAAAACACCUGAUCCUGGAGUAUCUGUGAUGAGAUACUAUGAUGGCACAGGUCAUCUGUGAUUAUCUAUGUGAGGAGUAUCAAUGGGGUAAAGGUGCUUUUUAAAAAAAUAAUGCAAGUACUUUUUAUAAAUCCCAUCCCAACCUUCUCUGGAAUCUACACUGGAAUUGGAUUGUACAUGCGGUUACCAAACUUAAAAAACGGUGGGUAAAUUGGUAAAUUUUGGAAGUAUUGCCUCUACUUAUUUGACUGUCUUGAAUUUGAUGGCUUGAUACCCAGACCAGCCUCAGUUAGUUUGGUUGAUGGUUCUGUCUUUCAGUGCUGCUAUGGAGUUUUUUGUUAAAAACAAAUUAGGAGUUUGCAAAUGAGUUAGGGAUUGGGGUGAAUAAGAAUGAAGUGUCUGAAACGGUUAUUCUUUUAAGUGUAGGUUUGUGCCUGCUUCAAAGUUUUUUUUAAUUAUCUCUUUUUAUGUAAAACCUUUUCUUUCUGCCUUGUGAUUUUUCAUUGCUUUUUUUACAGUAUUACUGUUAUCCUGUAUCCAUAAACGUGUAUUUCAAAUAAAAAUGCAUCGAUUCACAC